AUGGAAUUCGAUUCUUUACUACAUAAGUUUAAUAACUAUGAAAUAUUUAACUAUUUAACAAAUCUAAGUGGUUUAUUAUCGAAUGAUAUACAAGAAUCAGAUUACCAUAUCUACUUUUCACAAUUGUAUCAAAUAAUGGAAAAAUUUCAUCAACAAUUAGAUCAAAUUCAAUCAAAGAAAAAGAAGGAUGAAAUAAAACCAGAAAUUGAUAUAUCAUCAAAUUUAUUCAAAUUAUUAUCAAGAAAUCUCAUACUUGUGUUACAAAAAUUACCAUCAAAGGUCAAUGAUUUAACAAAUCAAUUAUUAAAUAGCCUUACGCUAAUAAAUGAUGAAUUAUCGAAAAAAUGUCAAAUAUCAAUAAUGUUAUUAAUUGAUUUGUUUGAAAACUUUCCAAGUUAUUUAGGUUCUUUAAUAAACUAUGCAAUUUCACAAAUUUAUAAGAUUAUCAAGAAAUAUCCAAAUAUCGACAGUUCAUUGAUAUAUUUAUUAAAUUCAGUUACUAAAAAUGCUACAAAAUCAGAUAUAGAUGACAAAACACAAACUAAAUUAUUGAAAAUUGUCACUAAAUCUUUAUUUGAUACAGUUUCAUUCACUCAAGAUUGUUCAUCAACUGUUUUGGUCAAGAAAAAUUAUAUAUUGUGUUAUAGAAACUUAUUAUUAUUAGCAGUUUCAACAAAUUAUGAGGUUCUAUUAGCUGGUUCUACAUCUUCAAGCUCCGCUGGUGCUAAAAUGAAACCAGAAGCUAUAAUGACUCAACAACAUCAAUUUCAAGUUAACUUAUUACAAUCAAAUGAGAAGUAUUUUAACUAUUGUUUAUCAAAUUAUUCGAAAGAAGUAAGAAUUGCCAUGGUUGAAUUAUUAGCUUAUUUAUUAUUAAAUUUCGUACCUACUGGUAAGUAUAAUCCAAUAGAGUACCUUAUUGCAUUAUUUCCAUUACAAAAUUUAAAUAUUUAUGACUCCACAUUAACAACAAGAGAUGAGACUACUGAAAUUAGAAAAGAAACGAAUACCAUACUGAAUCAUGAUAGUGACGCUAUUAUUGAAUCUAAUGUUGAAUUAAGUUUAUUCCAAUCAAGUGUAGUUGAAACUUUUAUAUUUUACAUUCAAUUGGAGCAAUUUCAAAACCAUGAUUACCUUUCAAAUAAUCUAAUAAAUAUACUUGAUUUAAUUUUGAAAAAGUUUGAUGAUUUGAAUAAUGCACAACACGUACAAAAUCAACAAUGGAAUUUGAUAUUACAAAGAUGGAGUAUCGUUAUUGAAUAUAUGAUACAAGAAACUGGUUCAACUGGUCAUGAAGUUUUAUGUGAUUAUCUUUACAACAAAUUCUCCCAACAAACUGCAAGUAAAGAAUCAAAAGAAAGGAAAAGGGAAUCUAAAUUAUUCUUCAAACCUAAAACUAAGCAAAAGGAUUUAAAUAAUGCAUCAAUAACUCCAUAUACUAAUUCAUAUCAAACUUACUUAUUAUUAUACAUUGUAAAUAUGUUGUUACCUUAUGGAGUUAAUUUUGCUGAGAAGGAAAAAGAAAGUCUGUUUAUCAAGGAUACUUUACUAAAUUUAAUAGUCAAUAAUAAUUCAUACAUCAGAAAUUAUGCUUUACAAUCAUUACUAGGUUAUGCAGAAACCAAUCAAGCUGAAAUAAACCAGUUGAUUCUACAAAUAUUCAAAUUGGUUGAUCAAGAGUAUAAACAUUCUGAUAAAGAAUCAAGUAAAGGUGAAGAAAAUAUUUGCCCUAUUUCCUUGGUUAGAUUAACAAGUUAUUCAUUAGGAUUAUCUGCAUUAAUUAAACAAACAGAUCCUGCAUUAUUACAAAAUUCUGCAAUUGUAAAAAUCCUAAGUUUCUGUACUCAAAAUUUAAAACAUAAUACUACAUCAAAUGUUAAAAAUACAAGUUGUUGGAUAAUUUUAUCAUCAUUAGUCUCAUUAUACAAUUUUUCAGAAUAUGUUAAAUUAAAUUCUUCACAAUUUUUAGUAUUUUGGAAAAGUUUAUUAACUUCUCAAUUCAUCAGUGGAAGUACAAUUGAAUCACAAACAAAUGAAAUAAUGGCAAAUUUAAAAUUAAGAAGUUUGAGUGUAUUAUGUUUAUUAAAUUAUUUAAAUUCAGUCGAUUCAACACCUGAAUCAUUAAAACAAAUUCAAUUUUUAUUAACUAAAUCAUAUAAUUAUUUAUCAUAUUUAGAAAGUAAUAUUGAUUCAGUUGGUGCAAUUACAACUUUUAGUAAUAUAAAUUUUAAUGAAUCUAAUUAUAAUCCAAAUAUAUUGAAUAAUAUUUUAUAUACUAAUUAUUCAUAUAAUCAAAAGAUUUCUCAAGAGAAAAUGAUGAUAAAUUUGAUAGUAUAUAAUAAAAAAAUUAUAUUGCAAGGUUUUACUAAAUUGACUACAAUUUUUAAAGGUGAUAUAAAUUCAAAUACGAUUAUAUUUUUAAUUAGAAUUUUCAGUGAUGUUAAAUUAUUUUCUAGAGUUCCACCAAAUGAGAAUGAAAAAGUUUCAAAAAGGAAGGGUUUAGGCAAGGUUGCAGAUUAUACUGAUGAAGAUGCUAUAUUGCUUAACGAAGAUUAUAAUUAUUCAUUUGGAGUUACAAGCAAACUUAAAUUCAAUUCUAAGAUUGAUGAAUUAUUGAUUAAAUUUCCAUUUGAACAAUCUCAUCAAUCUACUAAUUGGUUAAGAAAAACAUUUACAAAAAAAGUCAAAGAAUUGCCCAACACAAGUAUUGAAGGAAAUUCUGAACCAAAACUUGGUUCUUGGUUUGACAAUUUUGAAGAUAUUUCAUUUGCAUCAGUUGAUAAUUCGAUAAAUUAUGAUCCUAAUAUUUUAUUGACUCAAGAUUAUUCAUCCCAGGAAAAGUAUUCAACUAAUUUAGUUAUUUCCUUAGUUGAUUUAUCCAUUGAAUUAUUUCAAUUGGUGUUCCCUCAAUUAAGUACCAAGAUUCAAUUUUCAUUACUUGAACAAAUUAGAAAUUCAUUAUCUGGAAAUCAAGUUGAUAAUUUAAGAUUAAAAGCUGUUAAAUUAAAUGUAUCGGUUGCAUUACAUGGUCUAUUAUCAAAUAUAAUAAAAAAGAAAUUGACAUUGGAAAAUGAAAUUACAUUGGUUAUUAUCGAUGUUAUCAAAAAAAUUGAUACAAAAAACUCUCAAUUAAUCAAAAUCAAUUCAUCUUCAAUUGGAUUAGCAGUUACUUUAUUAAAAAUAGAUGAUGUAUCUGGACAGAUAGCUAGUUUUGUUAAUGAGAUAGUCGCUGAGUUUGAUCCUUAUAAAAGAAGCUUUGCAAUAUUAGUACUUUCUGAAAUUUAUGCAACUACAAAAAUUGGAUUUAAUGAUGUUUAUAAUAUACUUGUUCAAUUGCUAUGUGAUCCAAAUCCAAUCAUCUAUCAUUAUUCAUUACUUUCAUUAAUAGAAAUAUUUGAAGUGAAUUUAGACAAAUUAUCAUUAAUACCAAAUGUUUUAGAUAAAUUAUAUUCAAAUUAUCUAGAUGAUAAUUUUGGUUACAAUUUAAACAAUAUGAUGUUAAUCAAUUUAAGAUCAGAAUAUAGUUCAAUUUCUUUGACUACAAGAUUAUUAAAAUUAUUUGUUAGUUCUUUAGGUCCGGCAUUAAAAGAUUGGCAAGAUAAUGAUAAACAAAAAUUGAAAAAUUUAAUCACAUCAUUAAGUUAUGGAAUUGGUCUUGCAACAUUAGAUGAUACAAUUGAAGUUUAUAAAUAUUUAUUAGCUUUAUUCCAAGAAUUGAUUAUAUUCGAUCAAAAUUUAAUAGAAGGUGAAAUCAACUUUUUCACUAGAUUGUUAAAUUUGAUAAUAUCUAAAAAUUUAAAAGUAUCGAUAGCAACUGUAUCACCAACAUUUUUAAACAUUGAUGCUAUAUUUCCAUUUAAUUCAAGUUUCGAUUUAUAUUCAGCUGCUUAUGAAUGUUAUUAUGAAUUGAUUAAAAUAUUUGGUGUUGAUAUUUUGUCAAAUGAAACAGCUAAUUUAUUAUGGGUUUCAAUGAAUAUUCAACCUUGUGAUACUUUAAAAAGUUUUAUUAGAUUAUGGUUAGAAUCAAGUUUAGAUAAAAAUUGGUUUACAAUUUUAAAUUCGUUAUUUAAAGUUAGUUCAAAAAAAUUAACUGGUAAAUUUAUUGAAACAAAUUAUAGUAAUAAAUUAUUACCACUAUCUCAAAGAGGUAAAAAGAAGGUUGAUGUUGAUUUAAGAGAUGAAGAGAUUGAAAAUAUAGUAGGUGAAGAAUCCGAGGAUAAAAAUGAACCAAUUUCAUGGGAAUUCAAAUUAUUCAUCUAUGAGUUAUUAAAUCAUUUAUUAGAAAUUGCAAAAAGAAAUACAAAAUUGGUUGAUAAAUUGAAAAGUAAAAUUCAAGAUAUUGUUAAAUUAUCGUUUCUUGGUUCAACUUCAAGAAUUACUGAAAUUAAAUUACAAGGUAUUGAAUUAUUAGAUAGAGCUUUAGGAUUAUUUGGCGAACUAGCUGAUCCUUUAUAUCCAACAGUUUCAAUAUUAGAACAACAACAAGCUCAAAUUAUAAGUGCAUUAGUUCCAUGUUUUACACCAGGUAAUGAUUAUAAAGUCAUUGUUGAAGCUAUUCACGUUGCUUCUAAAUUUAUAAAUUUACCAAAGAUCAAGUUUUAUUCAAAACAAAGAAUAUUGAAAACAUUAAUUUAUUUACUAGAAGAAAUUUCAUCAAAUAAAUUUUUGAAAUUUGGAUUUUUAGAAAAUAUGUCAGAAUUUGGUAAGAAAUCAAUUCAACUUUCAAUUUCAAACUGUUGGGCAAUUCUUAAGAUUGAAUCAAUUAAUACUGAAGUAGAACCUGAAUUUAAUCAAAUUCUUGACAAAUAUUCAACUUUAUUAAAUUCAUUAUGGAUUUUAGCAUUGAGAGAAUAUUCAGCAUUGAAAUACAGGGAGUCAUCAAGUAGAGAAUUACAAAUGUAUCAAAAUUGCUUCCUAAAUUUUAUUACUAUAUUAACUUUAGAAUUGGAAAUUAAUCGUAAAGAUAUCGAACAACAUUUAGGUGGAGAUGCACAGAAUUUCUUUUUCAUUUUAUUUAGUCAAUGUGUUGAAUCAUUAAUCAAGAAUAAAGAUACUGCUGAAAUACUUGUUACUGUUAAUAGAUUAGUACAAAAUCCAGAUUUGGUUGAAUUAUUAUUUAAUGAUCAAAUAUUUGGUGAAAUUAUAGAUUUAUUCGAUAGAUUGAUCUUAAUCGAUGAUAAUACUGAAAUUCAAUGUAAUUUAAUUACAAUAACAACAACCAUUUAUAAAACUUUUCUUGAAAAUAAUAAAGAAAAUUUAGAAAAAGGAUUUGACAAAUUAUUUGAAUUAAUUAGAGUUGUAAUGUUACCAUUAUUUAAAUUAUUACCAUUUUUAAAAUCUGAUUUUGAUCCACACAAUGCAAAUAAUAAAUUAUUAAUCGCAAGAGCUGAUAGCGCAUCAAAUUUAUUAGUAUUGAAAAAAGUUUUUGAAAAUUUGAUACCUUUGAUUUACGAACUCCCGGAUUUAGUUAAAUCCGAUGUUUAUUCAGUUAUACUAUAUAUUUUUGCAAGAAUCUAUCAGACCAAAACUGAAUUAUUAAUAUCUGUUAUAAUUCCAUAUUUGAAGAAUAUUAUUAUUGAAUCAAAGAAAUUUGGAUUAAUUGAAUUAUUUUAUGGAAAUGUAAAAGAAACAUUUACAAUUGAUUCUGAAAAACAUUAUACUGUUAUUACAACAUUGAUAUUACUUACAAAUGGUGAUAUACAACUUGACGAAAAAGAUUCCAUAAUGUUGUCUGAAGCUUUGAUAAACUUACUUGAAAACUCAAAUACUGCUGCAACUGGUAUACAAUGUGUGAAAUCAUUAAUUCAAUAUUCAAAGAAUAAUUAUGUCAUAAAGAGUCUAAUAUCAAUUUUGGUCAGGCACGCAAUUGGAUCUGAAAAUAAAUAUUCAAUAGAUUUGAAAGUUUCAACAGAAAUUUUAAUGUUAUUUACAAAAACUAUAAAUGAAGAAAAUAAAUUAACUGCAUUGUAUUCAAUCUUGAUACCGUUAUUAGUUAAAUCAGAUUUAGAUCAAGUUUAUUUACAAGAUAAAUUAAUCUUUCUAAUUAAACAUAAUUCAGAAUGUUUUAAAAAAGUUGCAAAUAAGAAACUAACAGAUUCACAGAGGAAGAAUACCGAAGAAAUAGUACGAUUGGAUACUAAGAAAAACGGUACAAGUCAUGAUGAACAUGAUAAAGAAUCAGAGAUACAAUUAAAAACAUUUGGUGUAUAG